ACAGAACCACCGGCUUUUACUUGGUUCCACCUGGUAUUUUCUAAGAUGACACAAGCAAGGCAAAGGAAUGCUGGUGUUUCAAGGGUUAAAGCCAAGGGGGUGCUUAUCUGUGACCUCAGACAGCUGGCACAGAUGCCUCUUGGUGCAGGAAUUUCACAUCUAACCAUUUAGUGGCUCUGGAUAUGCAUUGCCCAGUGUCUCUGCAGUGAAGUUAAGACACUUGGUGCAGCUUUCUGGGGAAGCUGCAGCAUGUGCUGGAAUGUGGGGUGUUCCCUGUGUGCUGAGGAGUCUGUUCAUGUGGGUGAUGGCUGGCAGGAGCAGGGCUGGGUUUCUCCAGGGCCACUGGGAGUUCUGGCCAUCCUGAGGUGUGUCCCAGGCACAACCUGUAACCUUGGAAGCUAACAGAGAGAGAUUGGAGCAGCUUGGAAAGUAUCCAAAAGUAUCUGAGUAUUAAAAACAAGUAUGAAAGUCCAAGCACUGCACAUAUAGCUAAUGCCCUUGAAAACAAAAAUCUCAGGAAUUACUUUCAGAAAUAGAAAGAUUGUAAAAUGAAAGUGCCAGCAGAAAUCUGAGCAUUUCCCUGGGGAGAGGAGAUAAUUGGUGCAAUAAAUGAAAAAGGCAUUAGAAUAAACUCAAACAGAAAUGAAGGAUUUUGAUGCUCCUCUUCAUACAGACCUAUUGGCUGGGGUGAAGUGUCUGCUGUGGGCCCUGGUGAGUCCUGGACAAUCCCAGAGUGGAUGAUAUUCAUUCAGUGAGGAUUUACCCAUCUGACCCAAUGUUCACAGCCUUUUUUACUGCUGUGCUGGGAUUGUUUGGAUGGCCACACUAGGCCAGCAGCAUUUCUAGGAAAAGCAGUUAGCCAUUCCAGCCUUUUCCAAGAGGCUGAAGAUCACAGAUGCCUUUAGGAGCUCCCUGGACUAAUGAUAAAAAAGACUGUGGUGCCACCUAUGGUCAAGUGAGGAGACUGGCUCUGAGCCAGCCCUGCUGCUGUGCUGGCACUUGCACGUUGGGGUUUGCCUCAGACGUGCAAUAUUUCUGUAGAUUUCGUUCAGGAAAUAUGCCAGAAUUCUUGGUAUUGGAGAGUUUUCAGGAAGUUAUGUGCUCUGACCACUGGCAUGCUGGUUUGGCAUUUGGAAGUCUAGAUCUUACUUUCUGCACUUAGCAGAAAGGUGAGCUCACAUGUAUGUUUUCAUUUUUCGGGGUUAUGCUGGCCCUGUCUAGAAACCUGAGAUAAUUUUUAGUGAAACAGAAUAUUCUGAAAUCUACUGACACUGCAGGAAAACUGGGUGAUGGCAUUUGUGGUAAACCAAUUGGGAGUAAACCAAUUAGGAGUAAAGUCUGACUUUCCACUUUAAGAGUGGCUUAGGCCUGAUCAGAUGGACUUCUGUAAUCCCUAAACAUAAAACAUCAUGAUUUAUCCAAUCAUAUGGAAACAAAUACAAGGGCAACUUCACAGGGGGCAAAUCAGUGUCUGAGCUGUGACACCUCAUGGCUGGAGGUGCUGACCUGGGGCAGUGACUGCUCAGUUUCUGUGCAGGAUGGUGAGCACAUGUCAGCAAUGCUUCCCUGAACCCUCCUCUUGUUCUCCAUCAGAGCUCUCCCAGGGAUCCCCCCAGACGGUACGAAGAGACUUUGGCCUGGCUGUGACUCACAGGUUCUCUACAAAGUCCUGGUUAUCUCAGAUUUGCCAAGUGUGCCAGAAGAGCAUGAUGUUCGGGGUGAAGUGUAAGUACUGCAGAUUAAAAUGUCACAACAAAUGUACUAAAGAGGCACCUGCUUGUAGAAUAUCCUUCCUUCCCAUAACAAAAAUAAGAAGAACAGAGUCUGUCCCAUCUGAUAUCAAUAAUCCAGUAGACAGACCCACAGAACCCCAGUUUGGAACUCUCCCCAAAGCACUAACUAAAAAGGAGCAUCCACCAGCAAUAAACCACCUGGACUCCAGCAGUAAUCCUUCUUCUACAACCUCAUCCACUCCAUCUUCUCCAGCACCUUUCCAGUCUUCCAACCCUCCCAGUGCGACGCCGCCCCCCAACCCGUCCCCCAUGGGCCAGAGGGACGGGCGGUUCAACUUCCCAGAAAUUCCCAGUCCUGCACAAACAGCACAGCUUCCAGAAACUGCUGCAGACACUAACGCUGCCCAGCAGCCGGGCACGGGCGGAGGCGCACGGGAAGCACAGGUGGAGGAAGCAGAGGCGGGUAAGUCGGAGCCCGAGGACGAUGAGGAUGAGGUGGAAGAUUUGCCCAACCGGCGGCCGCACCUGCAGGGGAUGAUCUACCGCAAACCCAGCCAGACCAGCGUGUACCUGCAGGAGUGGGACAUCCCCUUCGAGCAGAUCCAGCUGGGGGACCCCAUCGGCCAGGGCCGCUGGGGCAAGGUCUACAAGGGCAAGUGGCACGGGGAGGUGGCCAUCAGGCUGCUGGAGAUCGACGGCAACAACCAGGAUCAUCUCAAGCUCUUCAAGAAGGAGGUGAUGAACUACAGGCAGACCCGGCAUGAGAACGUGGUGCUGUUCAUGGGAGCCUGCAUGAACCCCCCUCACUUGGCAAUCAUUACCAGCUUCUGCAAAGGAAGGACGCUGCACUCCUUUGUGAGGGACCCCAAGAUCUCCCUGGACAUCAACAAAACCAGGCAGAUAGCACAGGAGAUCAUUAAGGGCAUGGGGUAUCUGCACGCAAAGGGGAUUGUACAUAAGGAUCUGAAAUCCAAAAAUGUCUUCUAUGACAAUGGGAAAGUUGUGAUCACCGACUUUGGAUUAUUUGGAAUUUCGGGUGUGGUUCAGGAAGGAAGGAGGGAGAAUGAACUGAAGCUGCCUCAUGACUGGUUGUGCUACCUGGCCCCUGAGAUUGUCCGUGAGAUGGCCCCAGGGAAAGAUGAAGACAAGCUGCCUUUCUCCAAAGCUGCAGAUAUCUAUGCCUUUGGGACCGUGUGGUACGAGCUGCAGGCACGGGAGUGGCCCUUCAGGACCCAGCCUGCAGAGGCUCUCAUCUGGCAGAUCGGCAGCGGCGAGGGAGUGAGACAAGUCCUUGCCACUGUCAGCCUGGGCAAAGAGGUCAAUGAAAUCCUCUCGGCCUGCUGGGCCUUCGACCUCAGUGAGAGGCCCAGCUUCACUGUCCUCAUGGAAAUGCUUGAAAAACUGCCAAAACUGAACCGCCGGCUCUCCCACCCAGGGCACUUCUGGAAGUCUGCUGACAUUAACAGUAGCAAAGUUGUCCUGCGUUUUGAAAGAUUUGGCUUGGGAAUCCUGGAGCCGAGUAACCCAAAGCUGUAGCCCGGUGUCAUUGUGACCGUGCUGGCUGCCUGCUCCCACACAGCACCAGAAACCCUCCCUGGCUGCUCCACGCCGAGGCUGAAGGACCAUCAGCUCAGCCCCGUGUCCUGCCUGAGCACCAGCAGCUAUUUAACAAUGUUUACAUGAUACUUUUGUGUGAACUCUAUUUUUUUAAACAUAAUAAACAGUGAAUCGAGUUGAACUUCAGCCAUCUCAAGUAGCACUGAGAAAGAGCUGAGCUGUUCGUGGUUCCUCCUUGUGUCCGUGGUCAGUAGGAGCCACUCUGCCCUCAGAGCAGGGUCCUGGCAGUGGAACAGCCAUGUGGCUCCUGCAGGUGUUUCCCUCCAGAGGUCAGCUCUCUCCUGAAGGCAGAGCCCAGCCUGCUGCACUGGGAUUGCCCAAAGCAGCCAUUGUUCCAGCAGGCUGCUCCAGCUCUGGGUCAGAGCUGCUGCAGGCAGUGUCUGGCCGUGGGGGCUGGCUCUCAGUGACUCAAGUGCUCUUCUCCACAGAACUCACACUGAAACCUGCUCCUUCUCAUACAAUCCCAGAGGAAUUAAGAAUUGCUGGCCUUAAAAAAUAAACUCAUGACUUGUCACAGCUCUGCACAGGGACCAAAUUCUUCUUUUGAAGUUCAGACACAAGUUUGAGUUCAGGGAAAAGCAAGAGAAACAGGACAAGGGAAAAGCUGUCCCUAAAUAAUGCAUUAACUAAGGCCUCGAUGCACAGAGCUUCAGAGCCCCUGCACACACACACACACACGGUGUUGCCACUGCCUACAGUUGGCCACGACUGAGCCUGCAGGUUCUUUGUUUGAGAAACAUUGGACCAAAGCAGUUGCUUUGAGGAAAAAACCUUUAAGAAUAACAAAUCUUGUAACCAAGAAGGCAAUAGAUGGGCCUGGAAGUUCUGCCUGACCCCAACACCUCAAAGUUGUUUCAGAGGUUGGGUUUAAAACCAAAUCCCACCCCCUCCUCCAGUGCACAGUGUGGAGGUUAUGGAGGUGACAGCGAGUGACCACACUGAGGUGGAAGAUGCAUCAUCCCCCUUGGAAAUCAAUUGCAGGCCCUGGUACCAGAGGCUCCCCUUUCCCAUCCCUGAGGCUCAGGGGGAGCUCCCAGAUCUCUGAGCAGGCAAAGCACCAGCCCUCAGUUUGGCUGCCUUGUGUGAGGAACUAAGUGGCACAAAACCUGAGUUCUGUUGAGGAGAGAGCCUCAGUCCUGUGUGCAAGUCCAUUGUAGCCUCUUACAAGUGCUGACAAAGACAUUUUAUAUGUGUCUCAGCUCAAAAAGAGAAAUGGGUUUGGCAUGGCCAGGCACUGCAGUGCUGUCCUGAUCCCUGUCCCCCUCGGGCUCUGCUGUUCUCACUGAUGGGGCCUCAGCAGCCUGAAGCAGAAGUUUUUUUCCCCCAAGUGCUGGUGAAUAAGGAGCAGCACAACACAAACCCAAAGCAGGGAAGAAAGGUGCUGCCCCUUGGCUGGAACCCUCUGUGGCCUUCCUGCCUUAGGGAGGGAAGGGCAGGAGCUGCUGCUGGAUCCAGACUGGCCCUUAGCUCAGUCGGUGUCGAGGGCAGCAGCAGCCUCAGGGUGCUCCUCACUCGGUUUUUGAGUGCAUAAAGCAGGCCCUGAGAGCUGGGACACCAGAACAUUCUGUGUGGGAUCAGUGGCCUGGCUCCUUGCAGCCCCAGACUGACCCCUGGUCCCUCCCGUGCAGGUCAGGCCCUGGCUGUGGAGCCCUUGUGUCCUGCCCUGCCCCAGUCAGGGUGCUGGACGUGCCCAGUCCUGGCACAGGGGCUUGUUCACAGCCUGCCCUUUUGAGGGGCACUGGGAUCCAGCCUGACCUGGGUGGGACACCCCUGAACUGCCCUUGAGCACAGAGCUCAUCCUCUGCCCCAGUGCAGCCAGAGGAGAGGCCGACAGUGUCUGUGGGGUGCUUUUAGUUUUGGUCAGCCUCUGAGGAGUGGUUUGAUUUUGGUCAGCCAGGGGCACCCAGGGGAGGCCAGCAGGGCUCUGGGCACAGAGCUGGGGGCCAUGGAGCUGCCCCAGCCCCGCACACCAAGCUGGCCCUGGCUGGUGUUUGUGUCACACGUCCUGCCCCGUGGAGCUGUCAAUGUGACAAUGCUGUGCAAUGCUGCUACAGGAGCCACAUGUCAGUAGUGAAUGUAAAUGGUCGUUAUAUGGUGAACAUGGACACGUUUUCUUUUCAAAUGUGAUGUAAACUUUGUACAGUACAAAUUUUUUUUUAUAUUUUCUAUGAACUGAGUGUCUUCCAAAAUUGCUAUUAAAUUAAUUACAAAUUGUUAGAAUUAACAACAGUUUCUGUAUUAGUUUAUGCAACCAGAAAAAAAAAGAAAAAAAAGAAAAAUUAAAAAAAAAAAGAGUGCACUCUAUGCUACUGGAAUUCUGGACAUGUAGGAAUCUUUUCAGUGAAUAAAUCUUCAGUCUGGAUAAA